GAUGACUCCCACAUUAUGGUUCAGAUAAAGAUUUUCAAAAUGGACGACAUCAAGGCACCAACUGCUUGGAGAAGGCCAAGGUCCAAGGUGUAUGAUUACAACCAAGUCUACGGUGGAAGUUAUUAUCAGCCAAUGAUAGAUUACCUCAAUACAAAGGAGAGACAAGGCCCAUAUUUUGAACGUCCUUCUGAACGUGUUAAUCUGCCCGAUCAAGCUGAAAUCAAUUCAACUACUCUCAUGGAAGGACCCCAGCCUUGUGGAAAUCCUAACGUGUCCAAGUAUUUGACCAAGGCCUAUGCUCAACAAAUUAAAGAACAAAAUGUAGCGACAGGUAAAAUCUAACAUGAUUUAUUUUUAAAU